AUGGCCGCGUCGGGAACUGCCAGCGCGCAAGCCCAGCAACCGCGCUUCUCCCAGCCGGCGCGGGCCGGCACCUGGGCAGUCCCGGCGCCGACCUGCAGAGGGCAGAGUGGGGACCCGCCCGGAGCCACCGUCUGCCUGAAGACAGGGAUGCGCCCAGCCCUGCUACCAGACAGCCGGUGUUCGAUAUAUGUGGUCCUUCUUCUUGGAACUACUCAUGGUCUCUGUCAAAAAUCUGUAAACCCUGAAUCAAAUAUGAAUAUUAGCCAAAUUAUUUCCUACUGGGGUUACCCCGAUGAAGUGUAUGAUGUUGUAACUGAAGAUGGUUAUAUACUUGGCCUUUAUAGAAUCCCUCAUGGGAAGACAAACAGUAACAAUUCAGCUCCAUGGCCAGCUGUGCUUCUACAGCAUGGCUUUCUUGACUCUUCCAGUGUUUGGGUUUCCAACUUGCCUAAUAACAGACUGGCCCUCACCCUGGUAGACUCUGGUUAUGAUGCGUGGCUGGGCAACAACAGGAGGAACACAUUUUCCAGAAAGCAUGUAUACUUAUCACCAGAAUCAAAAGAAUUCUGGGCCUUCAGCUUUGAUGAAAUGGCCAAAUAUGACUUACCAGCUUUAAUCAACUUCAUUAUAAGGAAGACGGGGCAAGAACAGAUACAUUAUGUAGGACAUUCUCAAGGCAUUACAGUCGCAUUUAUAGCAUUUUCUGAACAUCCUGAUUUGGCUCAACAAAUCAAAAAUAUUUUUGCAUUAUCUCAAGUCUUCUGCUUGGGAAACACAACAGGUCUUACAAAAACACUCCUAAGCUUUCCCCCAAUAUUUUACAAGAUUAUAUUUGAUGACGAAGAAGUACUCCCACAGAUCAUUUUAAAUCCUCUCACUGUCUCAAAGUUACGCAACCAAGAUAUACCAGAUGCUAGGUGUGACAGGAUCCCCUUUGCUCUGUUUGAAGUUGAUGCAGAAAAUAUAAACAUGACCACUAAACAAGUCAGAAAAGAAGUUCAAGCUUAUGGCUUUGGAAGCCUUGCUCUGAACAUGGAACACUACAGUCAGCCCAUUCCUCCCCAGUACAGCGUGAAGAACCUGAAAGUGAGGACCGCAGUGUGGCAUGGUCUAAAGGACAACCUGGCUGACCCUGUGGAUGUCAACUUUCUCCUCCCUCAAAUCCCUAACCUCAUCUAUGUCAAGACACUGCCUUCAUACAAUCAUAUAGAUUUUAUCUUUGGUACUAAAGCAGUUUGGGAUAUUUAG